UCCCGGGGAAGCCGAAGCUCAAUGCGCAGCAUUGGCCAAGGCGGGUAAGGUCUUUGCCGUCGGUACUGAAGAUAUGGAUGCGUUGGCGUUCGGGACCCCUGUACUUCUUCGGCAUUUGACGUUCAGCGAAGCCAGGUUGGUUUUUCUGGUUUCUCAAAAGAGAGUAUUUUCUAUUGGAUUUUGUCUUCUUGUACCGUAUUUUAGUAAUAUUAAUGUUAUCAGUGUGGUUAAUGUUCGCUUCUCACAGCCGUAG